AUGCAGUGGUUGGACCGCUGGCGCCGGUCGUCGCUCGGGCCACGCUCGACGCUCUCGCUGCACAAGCAGGCGCCGCCGUCGUCUGUCUUUUGCUUCCCCCACGACGUGCGCACGCUCAGCGACGCUGACCUUACCGCGCACGGCGACCUGCUCGCGCGCCGCUUCUUGCGCCUCUGCGGCAGCACCAAACACGUGCACCACAGCGGUCCGCGCCCGGUGGUUGCCAAGUACGACAAGGCUGCGCACCUCUAUACGGUCCACGCAGUUGUCGAAGUCGAGCACAGCAGCGUUGACGAGGUCAUCGAACUCCUCGCCGGCGACAUGGACCCGUCGACCGCGCACCACGGCUUUAACGUCUUCAUGGCGCGCGUCUUCGGUGCCGACCUCGUCGCCGCCACCGACGUCCGCCGGUGUGCACCGACCACGCCGAGCGACGACGACGAUGCGAGCGACGUCCUGAGCGACCAUGAUGCGGCCAUGAGCACACUCGCCCGGCUCGAGCGCGCGGGUCUCGACGGCUGCGCGUCUCUCAAGCAAUCCGUGUUUGCGCAUCAGGGCCUCUUCACGAAGCGGCAGUCCGAGUGGCUCCUGCUGGACUACGCCAAGCAGCUCAGCGACACGUCCUUUGUCCGCGUCUUCAAGAGCGUCGACAACAACGUGUCCCACCCGACGCUCGAGCGCAAGGGCCACAAGAAGACGCAGGUCAUGCGGCGCCACAAGCACCUUCUCUUUGGCUUUUACGUUGAAGAGAAGGAAACACAAAUGUACUUGGAGCGCAUGGCGGCGUCGCUGACCGGGAUGCCGUCGCUGCUCUUCCGCCGCCGCCUCGGGCGCCGACUCACGACGCGCCGGCUCAAAAUUCCCGAGCUCACGCGCUCGUGCGCGGGCUGCAACGCGCUCUUUGGUCUUCGCAAGUCGGUCUGUCGGCUCUGCAACGAGUACUACUGCUUUGAGUGCACGAGCGUCCAGCGCGCCGAGACGGCCGUCCAUGUCCCGCUUCUCGAGCUGCGCGUCUGCCACGAAUGCGUCCAGCGCGCCAAAGACGGCAGCGACUUGGACUUCACCACCGACCACGUCGACCUCGCGCCGUUCAUCAACAGCGGCUGCCACGACCCAGCGUGGCUCUUUGCCAUCUCCGACCGCGCCAUGUUUCGCAUCAGCGAAGGCACGUCCGACGGCGCCAGCACGACCGCGUGGCCCAACUAG